GAGGCGGAGGCUGAGAAGCUUCGCAUGGACGCCAGGGAAUGUCAGGGGAACGUCACCGAAGGGUUGGAAAAGGUUAGGGAAGGUCCGGAAGUGUUGGAAAAGGUUCGGGAGGGUCGGGAAAGGUCAGGGAAGGUCGAGGAGGAUCAGGAAAGGUUGAGGAAGGUCGGGAAAGGUUUAGUAGAUUUGUCAAGAACAGAGACGGUGCAGGCGGCGCAGGCGGACGCCGAGAGAAUUAAGCUGAUUGGUGGAUCGGAGGCAACGGCCACAGAAGCGGUCGGUAAAGCGGCGGCGGAGAGGAUGCGUGUAAAGGCAGCCGCCUACAAGCAGUACGGAGCCGCAGCCAAGACGGCUCUAGUGCUCGAGUCCCUGCCCAAA